GCUUGACCUGUAUGUCAAAAAGAUACUGAUACUAUUUCUUGUUUACUGAGGCUGGUUAUUCACUUCAUCCACCGUCCACUUCGUCAUGUCGGCCCUCCUUCAAGGGACUGCAUUUGUUACUGGUGCCGGCUCAGGGAUUGGGCAGGCCACUGCGCUCUGCAUGGCUCAGCAUGGCGUAAAACGCUUUGCCCUGGGUGACAUCGACCUCAAAAAGCUUGACGAGACCAAAAAUGCACUCGAGUCCCAAUCCUCGGACGUGGAUGUCCUGUUAAUCAAGCUUGAUGUGAGCAACGAGGACUCGGUCAAAGAGGCUGUAGAAAAGGCUGCGGCGAAGUUCGGGCGCAUCGACUAUGCCGUGAACAAUGCCGGUAUCUCUGGUCCAGUUGCACGCACCGAGUCUGUUGCCUUCUCAGAGUGGCAACACCUUAUGAGUGUUAACUUGAACGGGGUCUGGCUUUGUCAGAGAUCCGAGAUUCUGCAGAUGCUCAAGCAAGAUCCUCAUUCAACAGGACCUGGAUCGUCCUCUACGUCAAGAGGAGUCAUCGUCAAUGUUGCCUCAGUACUGGGCUUAAUUGGCGCCUCUGGCAAAAGCCCCGUCACAGCCUACAGCGCAGCGAAGCAUGGAGUCAUGGGUCUUACCAAAACGGACGCACGCGUGUAUGCCAAGGAAGGCAUCCGAAUCAAUGCUAUCUGUCCAGGAUUUAUAGAAACGCCAUUGCUGACAGGAACCAUCAGCGACGAAAAUCGCAAAGCGAUCGUGAAAGAAAUUCCAGCAGACAGAUUGGGCAAGCCAGAGGAGAUUGGAAACUCUAUCGUGUAUCUCAUGUCUCACUUGAGUAGUUUCAUGUAUGGUCAUGGAUUGGUCGUCGACGGUGGCCAAGUGUGUGGUUAACAUGAACGAUUCGUGCUUCUCAGACGUGACCGAAUUGACGUACGUGUGAUAUGGCCGGAGUUUUGUCCUUACUUGGACUUUUAUUGCAUAGCUACUCAUGUCUACGAAGAGGUCCCAUAGCUCGAAGGGUUCUACAACCUCAGUCAUAAGUGAGCAGUUGCUUGCUAUGGCUACCUAACUACGUAAAGUCGCAGAAGUACGGUCUUGGACUUG